AUGCAGUUCUGUGUAGUUCAGUGCGGUUCUGCGGGGUGGAGAGUACCGGGUGGGGCGGCUGAUUCCGGAUAUGGCUGGGGCGGCGGGCUACAGGUGAGGCAGUGGGAACGGGUGAGGGCGGCAGAACUGGGUGAGGUGGCCGCGUCGGCUGAGGUGGCCGCGCCGGCUGAGGUAGCCGCGCCGGCUGAGGUGGCCGCGCCGGCUGAGGUGGCCGCGCCGGCUGAGGUGGCCGCGCCGGCUGAGGUGGCCGCGCCGGCUGAGGUGGCCGCGCCGGCUGAGGUGGCCGCGCCGGCUGAGGUGGCCGCGCCGGCUGAGGUGGCCGCGCCGGCUGAGGUGGCCGCGCCGGCUGAGGUGGCCGCGCCGGCUGAGGUGGCCGCGCCGGCUGAGGUGGCCGCGCCGGCUGAGGUGGCCGCGCCGGCUGAGGUGGCCGCGCCGGCUGAGGUGGCCGCGCCGGCUGAGGUGGCCGCGCCGGCUGAGGUGGCCGCGCCGGCUGAGGUGGCCGCGCCGGCUGAGGUGGCCGCGCCGGCUGAGGUGGCCGCGCCGGCUGAGGUGGCCGCGCCGGCUGAGGUGGCCGCGCCGGCUGAGGUGGCCGCGCCGGCUGAGGUGGCCGCGCCGGCUGAGGUGGCCGCGCCGGCUGAGGUGGCCGCGCCGGCUGAGGUGGCCGCGCCGGCUGAGGUGGCCGCGCCGGCUGAGGUGGCCGCGCCGGCUGAGGUGGCCGCGCCGGCUGAGGUGGCCGCGCCGGCUGAGGUGGCCGCGCCGGCUGAGGUGGCCGCGCCGGCUGAGGUCGCCGCGCCGGCUGAGGUCGCCGCGCCGGCUGAGGUCGCCGCGCCGGCUGAGGUCGCCGCGCCGGCUGAGGUCGCCGCGCCGGCUGAGGUCGCCGCGCCGGCUGAGGUCGCCGCGCCGGCUGAGGUCGCCGCGCCGGCUGAGGUCGCCGCGCCGGCUGAGGUCGCCGCGCCGGCUGAGGUCGCCGCGCCGGCUGAGGUCGCCGCGCCGGCUGAGGUCGCCGCGCCGGCUGAGGUCGCCGCGCCGGCUGAGGUCGCCGCGCCGGCUGAGGUCGCCGCGCCGGCUGAGGUCGCCGCGCCGGCUGAGGUCGCCGCGCCGGCUGAGGUCGCCGCGCCGGCUGAGGUCGCCGCGCCGGCUGAGGUCGCCGCGCCGGCUGAGGUCGCCGCGCCGGCUGAGGUCGCCGCGCCGGCUGAGGUCGCCGCGCCGGCUGAGGUCGCCGCGCCGGCUGAGGUCGCCGCGCCGGCUGAGGUGGCCGCGCCGGCUGAGGUGGCCGCGUCGGCUGAGGUCGCCGCGCCGGCUGAGGUGGCCGCGUCGGCUGAGGUGGCCGCGUCGGCUGAGGUGGCCGCGUCGGCUGAGGUCGCCGCGUCGGCUGAGGUCGCCGCGUCGGCUGAGGUCGCCGCGUCGGCUGAGGGCGCCGCGUCGGCUGAGGGCGCCGCGUCGGCUGAGGUCGCCGCGUCGGCUGAGGUCGCCGCGUCGGCUGAGGGCGCCGCGUCGGCUGAGGUCGCCGCGUCGGCUGAGGUUAUUACGGAACGAACUUAG